GUAUCGUUUACGCAAUUGUCACGAUUUGACAUCGACCGGGAAGAUCGUACGAAAAGGAACAGAGUGGGGGAGGAGGUGUACAGUGUUCACCCCUCUUCUCGUUCUAUUCGCGAGCACAGGUGGACUUGGUGGUUUCACGAUCACUCAUAAAGCUCGGCUUCGAACGAUUAGACAAUACAGAGUCGGUGAAACGUUCAAUAGCGCUAUUUGUUAACCGCGAUCCUAUUUCGAAGGUUUAUCGUUAUCGACGACGAAUGUUGAGGAUCUCCGAUCGUUACGCGCGCGUGGUAAAGUCGUACGACGGCUACAAUUUCACCCGACAAGUUCAACGAAGAUUAGAAUUAGAAUGCUCGCGGAAGCAUGGAUGGUAUUGUUGUUGACGAGACUGUCGUGUGCCGGGAAAUCGGUGGAUGUUUUGACGUCGAGUGGACUGAACGCGUUGGAGGAGGACGAGAUCCUUCGUGUUUUGUCCGGCAACGAGACCUCCGCGUCGAAUAAUUUCACGCUGAUCGAACUGAUCGGCGACAACUUGAGGAAUUACACGAUCGAGGCGAGCAAAGACGCGUGGCGGCCCGUGGACGUCCAAGCUCGGGAGACCAAUCCGUUUUACGAUGACUUUCCAGAGGAAAUCGAUCGAGAGGCAAGGAGAUUAUUGCAAAUCCUCCCCGCUUAUUAUCCCGGUGUCGGCCGAGUAAGUCCGCAAUGCAAAAGUCACGCGGACAUAUUCCGCGAGGAGCUCGCCAAAUUCACUCUGUGGGCCCUAAAAAUGUACGACGCAACGGCGAAACUACCGUCUGGCCUUCUGAACGGAAACGUGAAUCAAUUUGGCGACUUCGACGAAUGCAUCGGAAUAGAAGGGACCGAAGGCAUUCGUGGACAAUAUUGUUUGGUGUAUCUGAAUUUGAGCAUCGACGAAUCGCGGUUAGAUCUUAAGCAUCUUCAUCGGGUUCUACACUCUCAUUACGCGUUCAGAAGCAAUAUUACCGAUCCUGGGCAUCGAGUGCCACGAUUUAGCAUAAUAAAUUGGGGCGUGUGCACCCCAGCAGCAUGCAACUUUAAAGACGUCGAAACAUCCAUUCGCGGUAUUCUUGGGAGAUAUAGCAUGCAAACCGGUAUCAAUGUUACGGUAAAGGUAAACGAAGAGAUGUGUCAGGUGAAGAGGAAAGAUACUGUUCCCACGGAAACCAUAUACGCUGGUUUAUUUUUUACGAUUACCGUUGCAUUGGCGAUCGUAGCAACGUGGUGUGAUCACUGUAAUAUACCUGCUGGCGAGCUACUCUUGUCAUUUUCCUUGAAACGUAAUUUCAAGAAGCUCGUGUCGCUGGAACGAGGACAAAACGACAUAGCCACGCUUCAUGGUAUACGAGCCAUAAACGCCAUAAUGCUACUUUUGGCUCAUAAAAGCAUGGCGCUCUUUUUCAAUCCGUACACGAACAGAACGGAAAUGAGCGAAUAUCUUGGCAAACCGUGGACAGUUAUAGGAAGAGCUGCUAGCCUUUACACGGAUCCCUUUAUAAUGCUCUCUGGACUCUUAACGUCUUACUCUUUCAUUGGAAAGUUGAAGAGAACUGGUAACUUGAACAUCAGGGACGAAUAUUUGUCACGUUUGAUCAGAUUAGUACCGCCAUUAGCGGCACUGAUGCUAUUUUGUACUUAUAUAAUACCUCACAUCGGAUCCGGACCGCAAUGGAACUUGGUGGUGACCGAGCACGCGAAUAUUUGCAAACGAACUUGGUGGCGAAAUUUUCUAUUUAUUCACAAUUACUUUGGAUUUGAGUCGAUGUGUCUCACCCACACUCAUCACUUGGGCAUAGAUACUCAACUCUUUGUCCUCUCGCCUCUAAUGGUAUUGCUGCUGUUUAAAAAACCAAAAACUGGAUUUUUCAUUCUCAGUUUGUGCGCUAUAAAUUCAACGGCGCUGCGAUACUUCGUGACGCAUUACAAACAUUUAAAUAACUAUGUGUUCUUUGGUACAUCAAUAAAACAGUUGUUCGACACCGCGGAUCUCUCGUACACCUUACCGUCGCAUAGACUGACUGUUUAUAUAAUAGGAAUAUUCGUCGGUUAUUUAUUGAGAUACAUGCCUAAAGAUUACAAAAUGAAUAGAACAGCUUUGUAUACAGGUUGGAUCGUCUGCACGAUCAUGUUUUGUUGCGCGUUUUUUGGUCCGGCGCACAUGGGAUCUAUAAAUUACGUUUACGAUCCGAUGCACGCAGCGCUCUAUAACGCAUUUGCUCCUAUCGGUUGGUGUUCCAUUUUUGCUUGGGUAACCGUGAUGCAUCACACUAGAAACACGAAUGGUUGGUUUAGUAGAUUUUUAGCUUGGAAAGGAUUUGUGAUCACUACAAGGCUGAGUUACGCGAUAUAUUUAACACAAUUUCCAAUAUACUUUUAUAACGUUGGAAGAACCAGAAGCCCGGUGCACUACGAAUUCUUCAGCAUGCAAUUCAACCUGAAUGAAUAUUUAUGGAUUAUUGCUUUCUCGAUAGCGCUCACUUUGCUCUUCGAUACACCGUGCCAAAAUAUUAAAAGUUACUUGCUGAAGAAGAAAACCGUGCCGGAAACUACGACAAAGUUGAAACUGCCAUAA